AUGUUUUUAAUUAAGAAAAGAUUUCUGAGUUUUUAUAAUAUAAUUUCAACAUCACCUAUUUUAAAUAAGAAAUUUGUAUAUGUAAAGAAUAACUAUAUAUUCCAGAAAAGACAUUUUUCCAAUAAAAAUUUUUAUGAUAUACUGAAUAUAAAAAAGGACAGUAACAAAAAUGAAAUAAAACAAGCUUAUAGAAAACUUGCAUUAAAAUAUCAUCCUGAUAGGAACCCAAAUAAUAGAAAAGAAUCCGAACAGAAAUUCAGAGAAAUUACUGAAGCUUAUGAAACCUUAAGUGAUGACAAUAAAAAGAAAAUGUAUGAUAAUCAAUUAAAUAGUGGAUUUUAUUCAAACAAUUUUAAUAAUAAUUACUAUAAUACUACAAGUAAUAAUAAUCAUAUGAAUUAUAAUUAUCAAUCCAAAAGAAUGACAGAUGAAGAAAUUGAAAAUGUUUUUAAAAAUGUUUUUGGAAAUAUGAACUUAAAUGAUAUUUUCAAGUCCAAUAUUUUUAACGAGAAUAGCUUUAGUAGUAGAACCAUGGGAAGCGACAUAUUCAGUAAUUUCGGUUCUGCUUCUUAUGGAACCCCAAGAAAUGAAAACAUAAAACAGACGAAUAUAAAAACAGAAAUUAUACCUAGAGGAAAUAAAAUUAUCGAGAAGACAACUAAAAUUAUUACUUAUAAAGAUGGAAAUGUAAAACAAGAAAUAAUAGAAAGGGAAAUAAGUAAUAAUAGUAAAGAAUUUGAAGACUUUGUUGAUUUUGAUUUUUUAUAUAAAAAUAAUAAUCUUUAUAAUUACAUGAACAGUCAGAAUAAUAUAAAUAAACAAUCCUUUAAUAGGUUCAUAAACAAUUAUAAACAAAAUCGACUGGUAAGAAAUGUCUUAAAUUAUUGUUAUGGUAUUCUUUCCUUAGCAACCAGAAGAAUACUUGUGAAUUUAGUUAUACAUGUAAUUCGUAAGGUGAUACAAACUAUCAUUUUUAUGUUACGAAAAAAAUGA